AUGCAACGAUCUCAACGAAUAAUAAAUGCACCGAUCAAAUUCUCACCUUCUCAACCGCAUUUAUAUAGCCAGGAGAAUUGUUUACUACGUUUCGAAGAUAACAAUGAAUUGCUCAUCGUGAAAUGUUCAAGUAUCAAUUCGAUCGUUGAUGAUAGAGGGAUUCUUGGAGCCCGUGCGAAACGUCGAUACGCAGUGAUCGAAGCCAAAGAUGAGAUUGAUGAUCGUCAAAGCGAUGAUGACUUGAAUGACAGUGAUGCUCGGAACGAUAUGCCAAAGCAAUCAUUAUCAACAGUGAGAAAAAGGAAGUUGUCCGCAUCUGUUGUACAACAAAUGGACGAAAAUCUUGAUAUCGAUAGUCUUUCAAUCGAAAGUGGUGUUUUUACAAAGAAGCGUCGUCGUUCUCUUGAAAACUUGAUGCACAGCAAUGUUUCACCAAACGCAUGCGAUAAAGAAAAUCAAACUUUGGAAGCUCGAGUAGUUUAUCAGACAAUUGAUGAUAUGAAUCGUAUCAUUUUACAAAACCUGGAAAAAAAGUUCGCAAUGUUUUCGAAGAAACUAAAUCAGUUGAUCCCAAAUGCCGUUCAUCAGCAUUUAGAUUCCUAUCGUGAGAAAGACGAAAGCUUCCCUUCAAAGUUGAUGUAUGAAGGACAAAAUCUUCUUGAAAUUCGGGGUAGAGAUAUUUACGAUUAUGGUAGAAAGAUAUUAAAAACGUUAUACACAUCACAAGAAUUAGGUAGUUGCAUUCUACCACCAGCAAGAAAUCAUUUAGCGCGGCCGGCUCUAGAUCCUGUACGUUUCAAUAUAUUCCAUGAAGCGGUGCGAAUUAAAUACAAACUUUCUUUUUUACACUAUGAUAAUUGUUAUACCAAAUUAAUCCGACCGCGCAUGUGUGAUUUUCUGAUCGACGAAAGAAAACGACAAUCAAAAGCAGCCAAACAACAAGCCAUCAGCGAUCGAGAACAAGACAUUCGUAAUGACUAA